UAACAGUAUAUGUCAAAUACCCCAUGUUCUCACUUAUAAGUGGGAGCUAAAUAAUGUGUCUACAUGGCCAUAGAGAAUGGAAUAAUAGCCACUGGAGACUUGGAAGGAUUCUUCUGCCGUUUAGCCCUCUUACUUCUCAAGAGUUUGAUCUGAUCAGACGCAAGGCUGGAGCAUCUUGGCAGAAUGAAACACAGUGGUCAGAUUCUUCUGUGACAACAUAUGCAGGCAGUUACCGGAAAAAACAACUGGACAAGUUCACGUGCAGCCGGUUUUCUUUUAGAGCAGGACAGCAUAUGCCUGAAUGUAAACAGAUGCCAUUGCCAAACAGGUCUGCCUGGAAUCUGCCACUCUGCCAGGCCAACACCAAGGAGACUACAGCUGCUAAAGGACUAUUUCCUAAUAUAACCAAACCCUUUAAAACAUCAUUUGAUGUCAAACAUGAAGUGGCACACCAAAUUUGGACCUUUGGUGAUUUGUCUCGGACACAUCCAAAUUAUGAAAAUUCAUCUGUGAGACUUAAAAAGCCAGCGUUUGGGACCCUGAUGAAUUACAGACUACUAGGGAAAGACAUCUUAAAUCGGCUUCGGGGACAGAGCGAUUCUGAAAGCAAGGCUGGCUCAUCCGACGACUCAGAAAUUGAUCCAUACUCCGAUUACUACCGGGGAGGACCGUUAUCGUUUUUUUAGCUGACUUGGAAAACGUAGCCACACAGCUGGCGGCCCGGAGCUUGCCUGAGAGGAGCGACUGUCUGAGAUCCAAUUACAAAGAAAAAAAUAUGGAGCUCUACUACUUCAUGAAGAAUGGACCUUGAUUAAUACCCAAGACCAUUCAGACCUUGGACAGGGGAAAUGGGGUCUUUUCAUUCCCAGGAGUGACCAUACUGCAUUUCCCCUGCCUGUUUAUGGGCAUUUCCUGGGUGGAAGAACUCAGGCAGCUAAUGAGAUGUGUCUUCUCCUUCAAAUUGUUCACAAGUCCCGAAUGACCUUUGGCAGGCAAGAGUUCUAAUGCGAUGCCUCUGACUAUGGGGAGGAGACACAGGUGCUCAGCAAGUCUUGAUAUUUCUCCUUGUUCCCGUGACCAGCACUGUGGCUCUAUUAAAUGGUCAAGCACAGUUUGUUGGUGACCACCAAAUGAUCAGUCAGUAGUGUGUGCAAUCAUAGAAAACAUGGCCUUGAGUCUUAGCUUAAAAUGUAUUUAUGGGCUGGGCUCAGUGGCUCACGCCUGUGAUCCUAGCACUCUGGGAGGCCAA